GCCUGUCUUAUUACCGGUGUAUUUUACUGGAAGGUCCAGGAGUUUAUGAGCGUCUUUUGUUUUUGCUUAAGAAUCCGUUAUAUUAUGAAGUUGGGUUGUGCGGAUUCUAAAGGGUAAUGAAAUUAAAACGUGGUUUUAGGAAUAGUUGAUUGUUGAUUAGACAGUAGCCCCCUUGAUACUUUUUUUUUGUUUUACCUGUUUUUGGUUAGGUUUAGUAAGCCCUACAAUAUUGAUUUUCUUUUUUAUAUUUGUUUUAUUGUUUUGAACAAAUAGCGAGGCAUGUUCCACCGAUAGGCUGUCUCUCAUCUCGCCGAAAAAAGCAGACAGACGCCGGACACUCCGGAGUCUACGGCUUUGUCAAAGACAGAAGUCCAGAGACACAAGAUGUUUGAGACUGGUAGAAUCCCUCUCGUCCUUCUCGACGUAACCUGCUUUAUCCUCGUUGGGCUUCCCUUUGUGAUCCUCACCCCUCUGCACAAUCCCUUCAACAGGGGUUUCUUCUGUAAUGAUGAGUCCAUCAGAUACCCCCUGAAAGAGGACACCAUAUCCUACCAGUUACUGGGUGGAGUCAUGAUCCCUUUCACACUGAUUGUGGUAGUCAGUGGUGAGUGCCUUGGUGUCUAUAUGACUCAUAUAAAGACCAAAUCAUCCUUGGGGACUAACUACGUGGCACGCAUCUACAAAGCAGUGGGCAGCUUCCUGUUCGGGGCUGCUGCUAGCCAAUCACUGACGGACAUUGCCAAGUACUCGAUUGGUCGCCUGCGUCCCCACUUCCUGGCUGUGUGUAAGCCUAUGUGGGACCGUAUCAACUGCAUUGCUGGAGGCUACAUCGAGAACUUCACCUGUACCGGGGAGAAAAACAUGGUGGAUGAGGCCAGACUUUCCUUUUUUUCUGGUCACUCAUCCUUCUCUAUGUACUGUAUGCUGUUUCUAGCACUGUACGUCCAGGCCAGACUGCAGACAGAGUGGGCCAGGCUCCUCAGACCCACCAUCCAGUUCUUCCUGAUCGCAACGUCCAUCUACGUGGGGCUGUCACGCGUCUCAGACUACAAACACCACUGGAAUGACGUACUUACUGGCCUCCUGCUGGGGGCGAUAGUUGCAAUACUCACGGUGUUCUAUGUGUCCGAUUUCUUCAAGACGCCUGUUGAUCCAGUAGAGAUACAAGAGGAGACGUCCCACCACAGUCUACAGGACAACCCUGCAAAUGGGAUCCACUACGGAAGCACAGAAUGAAGCUCUGACUACAACAUGGACAACGCAUUGAGGACAAGUAGCAUGUUAAGCUAGCUACAACUACUUGCCAUCCACUACAGAGGACUAUGGUUAUUUAUUUCCAUGCAUUUCAGGUCAUUUGCAUUGACUGUCGUGGAGAUAUCAUGUUGCCUGAGCCCAGUAGACAGAUGCUAAGUCCUCUCAGAGCCAAUGAUCUUGCCCAUGUGUGUUGAGCUAACGGUCCGUGUAUUCAAUUCCUGGUCUUUGUGUGCAAUUGCGGUGCGAGGUCUGCGCUUGUUGGAACGGUUGUGAUUGCAUUGGUUUGAGGAUUGUGUUUGAAAUGAAUGAAAUUCACGUUUGUUACAGUGAGUAAUGAGUGUCCAUGUGUGUAGCCUGGCCAAUAAUAAGCCUUACACCUGUGAAUGAAAUACCACGACUGUCCCAAAGCUUAAAUGAAAGUCAGGAGACUUACUGAGCUCUGAAAUGAUGUACUAUGUGCUGUAUAUAUUUUUUAAAUUCUGCCUUCGCCAGAUUGUUGCUGACACUUGCUCAAAGCUCCCUGGAAACUCCUUACAAAUGUGUCCAAGUGUAGAAAUCAUGGUGACAAAUACACAAAUUAACUUUUUGACAUUUGUAUGCAGAUGUACUGUUGUAAAAACGGUGUUUUGAGCUUUUCGGAAAACAAAAUGCUAGCUAUGUGACACAAAUGAAGAUGGAUUUCCAUUUUGGUACUUUGCUACAGUGAAUAGUACUGUGUCUGAGACACAUUUUGUGAACUGUAGAAGUGUGUGCGUUGUUUAGUGAGAUCGUGAGAAACCACCAAUACAGAAAGUCCAAAACCA